ACAGAGUCAGUAAAUUAUAGGCAUAAUUUUGUUUCUCAUGUCAUUAACGACAAUUUCAUACGGAGUAAUUAUAUAUCUUCACAAAUACGGAGUAUUGGUAAUUUUUUGCCUUUCAUUUCUCACUUUUUAAUCUUCUUUUCCCACGAGCAACUGGAGACCUUUUAUUUUUCUUCUCUCUUUUUCCUUUUCCCACUUUCUCAUUUUUUGUAUCUUCAAUAGUUCAUUCUCCCAAGUUAUAAUAUUAUUGAUAUAGUGUAAUUAAUAUCAUGUAUUUCAUAGUACAUAAUUAUCCUUUCAAAAAAAAAAAAAAACUACGAAGUAUUAUUCAAUUUUCGCGAUCAAUUGAUGAGGAUCAAAGAAGUAUUUGAUGAUCUUAUAAAAAUAUGCUAUGGUUGUCAAUUAUAAUUAUAAUUACUCCGUACUAUUUAUUCAUGUUGACUUGGUUACACCAUGUAACGGAUUAGUUGGUACUUUAGAUGUUAAGUUGCUAUUUAAUCGUUUUCAUAAAAAUAAAUACUGUAUAAAAAGAAUUUUAAAAAAUAAUUAAAAAAAAAAAUCUUGCUAUAUAAAGUGUCAAGGGUGUGAGUGUAUUCCUGCGUCAGAACGCUCACAAUCAAUUUCGAUUCCAUCACAAGUAAAAAAAACCAGGCGUCCACCACCAAUUUAAAAUGGAGGGAGAAAAGUUGAAGGCCAUGGAUGCAGAGCAAUUGAGAGAAUAUGGACAUCAAAUGGUGGAUUUUGUAGCUGAUUACUACAAGACCAUUGAAAACUUUCCCGUGCUUAGCCAAGUUCAGCCAGGGUAUCUUCGUGAGCUUGUACCGGAGUCUCCACCUGUUCAUCCGGAAUCCUUACAAGAUGUUCUCAAUGAUAUAAAAUCAAAGAUAUUUCAAGGGGUAACACAUUGGCAAAGCCCUGGCUAUUUCGCGUACUUCCCUUCUAACAGCAGUAUCGCCGGAUUCCUGGGGGAAAUGCUUAGUGCUGGUGUCAACAUUGUUGGCUUUAGCUGGGUUACCUGUCCUGCAGCAACAGAACUCGAAGUGAUUGUUCUAGAUUGGCUUGCUAAAUUGCUUAAGCUACCUGAUGCCUUCCUUUCUUCAGGAAAAGGUGGUGGUGUCAUACAGGGUACUGCCAGUGAAGCAGUUCUGGUUUCAUUAGUGGCUGCGCGUGAUCGGAUGUUGAAGAAAGUAGGAAAAGAUUCUUUGGGGAAACUAGUUGUUUAUACUGCUGAUCAAACUCAUGCUUCUGUAAAGAAAGGUUCUCAGAUUGCAGGAAUAUAUCCUGAGAACAUCAGAAUUUUGAAGACGGAUUCAUCAAGUGAAUAUGCUCUUAGUCCUGAAGUACUUUCUGAAGCAGUAUCACAUGAUGUUGCUUCUGGUCUCAUACCUCUUUUCUUAUGUGCUACUAUUGGGACAACCUCGUCAACUGCAGUUGAUCCAUUGCUUGCUCUAGGAAAGAUUGCUAAGAGUAAUGGAAUUUGGUUUCAUAUUGAUGGUGCAUACGCUGGAAGUGCUUGUAUAUGUCCUGAAUUUCGCCACUAUCUUGAUGGCGUUGAAGAAGCUGACUCAUUUUGCAUGAAUGCACAUAAAUGGCUCCUUACAAACUUUGAUUGCUCAGCUCUUUGGAUUAGAGACAGAAGCGCUCUGAUUGAAUCCUUGUCCACGUAUCCAGAGUAUUUGAGAAACAAAGCUUCAGAAGCAAAUACAGUUGUGGAUUACAAAGACUGGCAAAUUCCUCUUGGUCGUCGAUUCAGAUCCUUAAAACUUUGGAUGGUAAUGCGGUUAUAUGGCCAAGAGGGUCUGCAAUCAUAUAUUAGAAAUCAUAUAGCAUUGGCAAAACGGUUUGAAGAGCUUGUUCGUCAAGAUUUGAGAUUUGAGGUGAUUACUCCUAGAAAGUUUGCAUUACUGUGUUUCCGGUUGCUGCCUCCUGGCAAAGACGAAAACCAGUGUGAUAAGCUCAAUCGUGAGCUCUUGGAAGCUGUCAACUCUACUGGAAAGAUGUUCAUUUCUCAUACAGUUCUGUCAGGCAAGUAUGUAUUACGCUUGGCUGUGGGAGCUCCACUAACGGAAGAGAGGCAUAUCGAUAUAGCAUGGGAGGUCUUGCAAGAAAAGGCCACCGCCUUGUUGAAGCCAUAUAAAAAUGGCAUCCAAAUUUACUCAAAUGGUGUAUAAUGUACCCGAAUUUUUAAAAGAUUGAUGGUUACCACUUUAAUUUGGUAAAUAGCUCUUUAGGAUAACUAAUUGUAUCCCUAUUAGACUGAUGCUUUUCAAGUUGUAUACAUUUUUUUUUCGCGGCAAAAACAUACAAGCAAACAUCACUUCUACAGCCCAAAAUGCUAGCACACACCCAAGCUAGCCCAAUUAAAGGGCUCAAUCCAAUUCAUGUAGUAUUAAA